AUGAUUCUCGUCAACGUUCGUGCAAGAGCCGAUGAUAUCAUCUGUGGUGAUUUCAACCAUGGGGUUGUAUCGAUAACGACCUUGACCGGGAAGAGGACGAAUGACGAUGACGAUAGCAGACAUGGGUGUUCGCUUGGAGAUGAGUUUCUUCUUUUCUUCUUGCUCUCGUCUCAAACAACAUCGUUAGCCUCAGGGUCCCCCGUUCAUGAAAGGACCUUCCAUAGACCCGAUCCCUUACAACAUUUCAAAGACUACAAUGGAGGUUUCGACCUUCGAAACAACCAUUACGUGGCUUCUGCGGCAUUUACAGGAGUCCAUGGAUACGCAUUCGCCUGCGUUUGGUUGCUAUGUGGAUUGGUUUUGGCCAUUUUCCUUAUAGUGAAGUGUCUAUGCGGUGGCUCUGCUACAUUAACUAGUUUGGACCAUUACCAUCUCCACAUUUUCUUUCUACUUCUCUUCUUCACAUCUCUCGCCAUAUAUGUAGCACAUUUCGUUGUUCUAACCGUCAACUUGGUGACACUGGUUGCAGCAAUAGUUCUAAUGCUGCUGUAUUGGCGUCCUGGGUUUAUAAUCAUAAUUUUUUGCUUUUGGAUCUUAACAAGCCUGUGCUGGUUCUUGACUGGCUUUGAUUUCUUCCUUCACACCUUUGCAGAAGAUGCAUGCACUGCUUUUGAAGACUUCGAAAAAGACCCACAAAACAGUAGCCUGGGGUCAAUGUUGCCAUGCAUGAAUGAAUCUUUCUCUGGGAAAUUGAUAGUUCAAAUUGGCUACACCAUCCACAGAUUUGUAGUUGAGUUGAAUUCUAAUAUGUCGGUGAUUUAUCGGGUCUUAGGAGUAAGUGCAGAAAAUGAAGAACUAUUGGGAGUCAUAAAAAUUUGUGACCCUUUCCCUGGACCCUCAAACCUUAACUACAUUCCACAAAGCUGCCCUAAUAAUGCCAUUAGGAUUGGUGAUUUAUCAAAAAUUCUUGCAAAAUUCACUGUCACGAAGAGGGCACAGGAGAAGAAUGCAAAAAAAAGAGGGAAGGUUCUUCCUGAAGCCUCAUUACAACAUGGCUCAUGCCUACAGCAGAUCCAUCCAGGAUUUGCUGGAUAUCUAUCCAGAAUUGCAAACACUGUCAAAAUGCACAGUUGUGAAGAACAAAGUUGCUGA